AUGACUUCAACAACGUUUGGGGAUCGGUGUUGGGGGUCUUUCUUCGGUGGCACACUGCCAAUCUCGUCCCAUGACCAUGUGACAGAUGCUAUGACUCCGUCAACCGUGACGAGUUUGAUUCUGCGCCUGGCUAUCAUCUCAGUCUCGGAUAGUGUCGAUUCUAUCCAUGAUUCUGGUUCGGUUGAUAGGAAACGGUUGGCAUCGUUGCUCGGCUGGAGCGAGACGCACCUGGAAAAAUGGGUCGCGGUUGAGGACUCUUUUGCUGCAGGUUUUGGACCUCUUGCCAACUUGAGUGCCCAGCCAGCGUUCCGUGCGCACGCUGCUGGGUCCCCAAGCAUCAGCUUGAGGAUCGUAGACCGGUCUCAAAAGGAUCUUGUCAACAAUCUCGCUGAGGCAAAGAAACUAGGCUGCAUCGGUGUCAUUGUUGAAAUCGUCAACAAUCAGCUCAAUGGUCGAGUAAACCACGGCGGAAUAGUGUGA